CAGACUUCCGGUUAUGUGGCGUGCAGAGUAGUCGCACGUUCAGCCUGCUCCUGCAGUUUCAAUUAUACUCUACUUAUUAAACAUCUCUAUUUUCAUUUAUAGUGUGUACAAUAGCUUUUAAAACUAGUUGCAACUAUUCGGAUCGCUCUGUCAUGUCCAAGGCUAAAGGAAAGCACGCAGAAAAAGAUAAGGAGCUUUCGCCAACGGCUAGCAUAACUAUGGCUGACAUUAGCUCACUUCUGGAUGAAAACAGAGCAGCCCUUUUGGCUGAUUUUAAGUCGUCAUUUGAGUCCCUUGCUUCAACGCUGGAUAGCAUCCAUUCCACCGUUACCGAUCACGGACAGCGCAUUGACUCUCUAGAAACUAACGCCAAUUUAGCUGAUCAACGGCUUCAACAUCUCGAGGACGCCUAUUCCACUUUGCAGAAAGACAACAAGUCGCUCAAACUGAAAGUAGCGGAUUUGGAGGGACACAGCAGGCGCCAAAAUGUCCAGAUCAUUGGCUUACCUGAAUCGAUUGAGGGUCCCCGUCCAACAGUGUUUUUUUCCCAAUUAUUGGUUGACAUUUUUGGUACGGAGGUUCUUGCUUCGCCCCCUGAGUUGGAUCGAGCGCAUCGCAGUCUCGCAUCUAAGCCGGCCCCGGGUGAAAAGCCGCGGUCAGUCAUCUUGCGCUUUCAUCGGUUCCAGGUCAAAGACUUGGUAAUUCGCGAGGCUCGUAAACGUGGAUCUCUGCUUUACAAAGGCCAUACGAUUCGCCUGUUUGACGACUACAGCCCU